CCUGCGGCCGCCGCCGCGCUCGGCCAUGUCGAUGCUGCCGUCGUUUGGCUUCACGCAGGAGCAGGUCGCCUGCGUCUGCGAGGUGCUGCAGCAAGGGGGGAACCUGGAGAGGCUGGGCCGCUUCCUCUGGUCGCUGCCGGCCUGCGACCACCUGCACAAGAACGAGAGCGUCCUCAAGGCCAAGGCGGUGGUGGCCUUCCACCGCGGCAACUUCCGCGAGCUCUACAAGAUCCUGGAGAGCCACCAGUUCUCUCCCCACAACCACCCCAAGCUGCAGCAGCUCUGGCUGAAGGCGCACUACGUGGAAGCCGAGAAGCUGCGGGGCAGACCCUUGGGCGCCGUCGGCAAAUACCGCGUCCGCCGAAAAUUCCCUUUGCCCCGCACCAUCUGGGACGGCGAGGAAACCAGCUACUGCUUCAAGGAGAAAUCCCGGGGCGUGCUGCGGGAAUGGUACGCCCACAACCCCUACCCGUCCCCCCGGGAGAAGCGGGAGCUGGCGGAAGCCACCGGUCUCACCACCACCCAGGUCAGCAACUGGUUCAAGAACAGGAGGCAACGGGACCGAGCGGCGGAGGCGAAGGAAAGAGAGAACACGGAAAACAACAACGCGGCCACCAACAAACCGAACCAACUCUCGCCUCUGGAUGGGAGCAAACCCCUCAUGUCCAGCUCCGAGGAAGAGUUUUCUCCUCCCCAAAGCCCGGAUCAGAACUCGGUCCUGCUCUUGCAGGGGAACCUCAGCCACGCCAGGAGCUCCGGCUAUUCCCUGAGCGGCUUAGCCGCAUCCCAGACCCCUCACAGCCUCCAAGGCCACCAGCUCCAGGACUCGCUGCUGGGACCCCUCACGUCCAGCCUGGUGGAUCUGGGAUCCUAAAGGCCCUCGGCGGGCGGCCGGAGGAUGGGGAGAGGAGGUUCUGCUCGGGGACAGAGGCUCUGGGUUGUACAUAGAGGACAGCACCCGGUUUUACAGCUCACCCGCUGAUUCUUAACGGGACUCUCGGCUCUUUUCACACAACCCCACAUCGGCUCUUGCUCCAGUUCCCCCUCAGCGUCUCCCACUAUCACCACGAUUUUUUUAACUUUUGUUUUUCCACGUAGCCAAACGCAGAGAGCGGCAAUAAUCCUCAUCACCCCGUCGAGUUCAGACGAGUUGAUCCCAACGGGAAUUACAAAAAAAAAAAAAAAAAAAAAAAAAAAGGGGAGGGGAGGUGGGGAGGAAAGGGAAGAAAAAAGAAAAUAAAAAUCCCAAGCCCCGCUGGAUCCGAUUCCACCCAAACAAAUCCCAGCGCUGCGGGCGCGGUGGGGCAGGCUCGGCCGGCGCAUCCCUGCUGCUGCCCGGCCCGGUCCCCGAGGAGCCGGGACGGGGACAGAGGGAGAGAACCGCUCUACUGAGCCCUGUGUCGGAGUGGAAGGAGGGAGGGGAAGUUACGUUUACAUUUUUCAUAUUUAGCCUUACCAAAAAGAUUUCGAUGUAGUUUAAAUUAAAAA